GUCGCGUUCGCAUCGUUUUGGAGAACUCAAGAUAACUGCGAUUGCUUACAACGAUAGGUAUAUUGCAACAAGUAUUUUCAUACUGAGGCCGUAUCAAACAUCAUUUAUCUUGUAGUCUAAUGUUAUUCGCGUCUCGGCUGCUUUAGAACGUUUAACUCGUUUGGUUAUCAAGCCUCUCCUAUCCUUAUUUACCUGCAUUUUCACAUUUUUCAAAGUCACCAUUUUCAUUAUCGGCGCAACGCAAGCAUCGCAAACGUAAAUGUCUUUUGCAUUUUGCAAUGCUUUCAAAACUCACCAUGCGCCAGGCAUUUGCUGUCAAAGGCUAGACCAAGGGCUAGACACAGGAAUCAGGUAACGUAAACUCAUCUCUCUUCACACGGCUGUGCAUUGUGCAAUUUAAACGGUCAUUUUAUGUUUACCACCGAUCGUAUGUCCAAAAGUAGGUACUCCAGUAUAUCUUUCCGAAACGGUCGUUUCUAGUUAUCCACUCCCAGUGACGAGUGUCGGUGAGCCAGCUCCGUGUCUCGCUGGUCCCCGUCGCCUGCCACUCCGCCAAUGUGGAGGACCUCCGGCGCCGUCUCGCCCCGCUGCUCGGAGGGUCGGGGCUCGCCGGCACCGUGGCGGAGGCGCGGCCUACGGCUGCAGGCGGCGCCGCACUGUCGCCUGCCGACGGCUGCCGCCUUCCUGCACAAGUACGAGCUCGGUACGCAGCUGGGCCGCGGCAACUUCGGCACCGUGUGGGAGGCGCGGGAGCGAGCCACCGGCCGCACCUGGGCGGCUAAGGUGGUGGCCAAAAGCAGCAACAAGCUGAAGAUGCUCCUGCUUUCUCGAGAGAUUCAAGUGUUGAAAAUGGUCGAGCAUCCAAACAUUGUUUACCUCAGGGAAAUAUUCGAGACUCCAGAGAACGUAUACCUGAUUCUGGAGCUGUGUGAACACGGAGAGCUGGCCACUUUCUGCCGACAUAAAGGAAAAAUCAGCGAGACGGAUGCCCGAACCAUCAUCACGGGAAUCACCAGUGCCAUUCAGUAUCUUCACAAACACGGAAUCGUUCAUCGGGAUCUGAAGUUGGAGAACGUGCUUCUGGCGUCUCCGGGGCCCGACUCUACCCACCCCAGUUCCUCUCCGAGCCAGCCGUGUGCCAAACUCUCCGACUUUGGUCUGGCAGAGGUUAAGGACAAACGGGACCACGACCACAUGAUGGAGCUCUUCUGCGGCACCCCCUACUGCAUGGCUCCUGAGAUUCUCAGUGAGCGCGCCUACAGCCAGCAGUGCGACGUGUGGUCGAUGGGCGUCAUCCUCUACACCCUGAUCGCCGGCAGCAGCCCCUACAUGGGCGGCAGCGAGAGGGACGUGCUCUACAGCAUCCACCGGCACCCGCACCUGCAGGAUGACCCGGCUCUGGCCACGGUGACGGAUGGUGCCAGGGACCUGCUCUCCAGGAUGCUGCACCUCGACCCGGCCUACCGCAUCACGGCCGCAGAGGUGGUGGCGCACCCCUGGGUCACGGAUAAAUGUAUGCAGGCCAGUGCGUCUCAGGACAUCCUUACUCUGAUGAAGGAGUGGCGGAUCGAGGCGACCGACCCUGACACCCCGACCUGUGAAGUACCGCCGUCCGAACAAACACAGCCCGACAGCCAACGACAGACGGCCGAUUUGGAAAAGCAAACCGACGCACAUAAAGUGUCUGGCAAGGACGGUGUGAGGACCGGCAGCAGCGGGACAGGUGAACAGAACAACAGUGGUUGCGGACGAAGUGGUAGCAGUCGAGGUGGACAGAGUGGGAGCAGCGGAGGUGGACAUAGUGGAAGUGGUGGAGGCGGACAGAGCAUAUCUGGUGGCAAAGCUCUGAACAGCCGCGCUGGAGGCAGUGCCGGAGGCCCGAGAGCACGUCAGGUCAGCACAUCGGACUCGGAGCCUGCCGUCCGUCCAGCGAGCGGCCCCGGUCGGCGUCCGGCCCUCCCAGCACGGCCCCACCAGUCGGCGCACCGUCUCUCCGGUCCCUGUCGGACCCGCGCCGGGCCCCGUCCGGCAGUGUCAGCGGUCGGAACGGGUGGACGGAGACCGACACCGGCCGCCUCUCCGGUCCCCUCUGGUGUGAUUCGGCGCAGAUCGGCCGCAGGAGUCCCACUUCGACCUGGCAGAGGAGCUUCAGGUCCACAUUAGCUGAGCGCUGGCUGCAGCCCGGAAGGUCACAGAGGACCAGCAACCGGCCGACCGGCGCUGCGUAGGAACUAGAAACGGACAGCGGUGAUGUGAUUUCAGUCCAAUUAGGCACAUCCGAUAAAGCUUCGACCUGUGUUUGAAUGUUCUACCAGUCGGGUGUGAAAAGUAUCCAAGCUCUCAUCACAUCAUGAGACGAUCUGAGGUAAACUAUUAGGUCAUCAACAGACCGUACGCUCUAUGGCACGGCUGCUACAUAAUUCUAGUAAUUCUAGGUAAUGCAGUCUGUAUUUUGAAAUACAUAUAAGCCUAAAGCGUCGAAAUGCUGCCAUGGCUCUGUACCUUUGUCUGUUAAACAAUAAACGUGAAUUGAUUUGUAUUUGUUGAAGAAUCAACAAAAA